UUUGCUUAUGGAUCCAAUCACCAUUCCAUCAGUAUUCUCUUCCUUUCCUGCUUUGCCUCAUUACGAGGUUUAUUUGAGUUUUAGAGGGGAGGAUACAGGCAAGACUUUUACAGAUCAUUUGUACAGCAGCUUGGUUCAGAAGGGAAUCAAAACCUUCAGGGACGAUGAAGUUCUCACUAGAAGAGGAGAAGAUAUUCCGUUGAGGAUAAUGAAAGCAAUUGAAGAGUCAAGGAUUUCUGUCAUCAUAUUCUCUGAAAAUUAUGCAUCGUCAACAUUUUGCUUGGAUGAACUUGUCUAUGUCCUUGAAUGUAAAGAACGAGGGCAACAAAGGGUUGUACCAAUUUUUUACAAGGUGGAUCCCUCGGAUGUAAGAAACCAAAGAGGUGGAUUCGGCCAGGCAUUGGCAAAUCAUGAGUGCAGAUUCAAGGAUAACAUGAAUAACGUUUUGCGAUGGAGAGAAGCUCUCAUCAAAGCAGCACAGUUGAGCGGGUGGAUUUUCUCGGACGAGUAUGAAUCUACUUUCAUUCAUAAAAUUGUCGAAGAUAUUUCAGUACAAGUUUUUAAAGGCAACACAUACUUGAAUGUGGCAAAGUACCCAAUUGGAAUAGAUUCUCGGGUACGAUUCUCUUUUAGGACUUGA